AUGUCCUCCUCAUCAAAACCUACUUUCAAAGGAUCCACGUCUGCUAGAUUUGUUAAAAAUGACAAACGAUCUAAAUACCAAACUAGUCAGUAUAGAUCACGAAAACAUCAGGAACCAGAGGACCCAUACAAAGCUAAUAAUCCCAUGCUCACAGACUCAAUUCAAAAAAAGGAUCUAGUCACGAGAAUAGAUCAAAUGGAUUCAUUAAUGGGGUUUGACCGAUUUGAACAUGGUGAAAAUGAUGGUAAUAAACCACGCAAAGGAUGGUUGAUCAAUAUGCAUGCAACUACUAUACCGAGUGAUGGUUAUUUAACCGGUUAUUCUGGUGUUGACUAUUACUUUUUAGAUGAAGAAGGUGGAAGUUUUAAAGCUACACUACAAUACGAUCCAUAUUUCUUUAUUGAAACAAUUGCACCUGGACACGAGUCUGAAGUUGAAGAAUGGAUGAGGAAACACCUCGAGAUUUGCAAUGUCAAGAGUUUUGGACGAGUCACAAAGGAAGACUUAUCACUACCGAAUCAUUUGCUUGGAUUGAAAAAGAACUUGAUUAAAUUGACAUUCCAUAAUAUUCAGGAUUUACUAUCAGCAAGAAGACUACUUACCCCAAUUAUCAAAGAUAAUCAAAUGAAACGGGAAUCGAGAGAUGUUUUCAAUUUUUCCAAUGAAGUUGAUGCUUCUGAUCCUUCACAACUAAUCAGUGACAUUAAGGAAUAUGAUGUACCUUAUCAUGUUAGAGUAUCCAUUGACAAACAAGUGCGUGUUGGAAAAUGGUACUACGUUUAUGCCAAACAUUCUAAAGUGGACAUUGUCGAGGAUAAAGAGAAGGUUGUGUUUCCUGAUCCAGUUGUGUUGGCAUUUGAUAUUGAAACCACAAAGGCUCCCUUGAAAUUCCCUGAUGCCAAAAUUGAUCAAGUAAUGAUGAUUUCGUACAUGAUUGAUGGCGAAGGGUUCUUGAUUACUAAUCGAGAGAUUAUCUCGGAAGAUAUUGAAGAUUUCGAAUACACACCAAAACCUGAAUAUCCUGGAUUAUUCACAAUCUUUAACGAACAGGAUGAAAAGCAUGUAUUGAUGAGAUUUUUUGAGCAUAUACGAGAUGCAAGGCCUACAGUCAUUGCUACUUUUAAUGGUGAUUUUUUUGAUUGGCCAUUUGUUGAAAAUAGAGCCAGGUUUCAUGACUUGGAUAUGUUUAAUGAAAUUGGGUUUGCCAAAGAUAAUGAAGGCGAAUAUAAAUCAAAGUACUGUGUCCAUAUGGAUUGUUUUAGAUGGGUUAAAAGAGACUCUUACUUACCUCAAGGGUCGCAAGGUUUGAAAGCGGUCACUACUGCUAAAUUGGGCUACAACCCAACUGAAUUGGAUCCAGAGUUGAUGACGCCUUAUGCUUAUGAAAAACCCCAGCUAUUGUCGGAGUAUUCAGUUUCCGAUGCGGUUGCAACUUAUUACUUGUAUUACAAGUACGUUCACCCAUUCAUUUUCUCAUUGUGUACCAUUAUUCCGUUAAACCCUGAUGAAGUGUUGCGUAAAGGUACAGGUACAUUGUGUGAAAUGUUGUUGUCAGUUCAAGCAUAUGAGAAUAAUAUUUUGUUGCCCAAUAAACAUUCAGAUCCAAUUGAACGGUUUUAUGACGGACAUUUAUUGGAGUCGGAAACCUAUGUUGGUGGUCAUGUUGAGUCAUUGGAAGCAGGUGUAUUUCGCAGUGAUAUUGAGACUGAUUUCAAAGUAGAUCCCACUGCCAUUGAUGAAUUGUUGGGCAAUUUGCACAACUCCAUCAAAUUUUGCAUUGAAGUUGAAAACAACAAAAAGAUGGAAGAUGUUGAAAAUUUCGACGAAGUUUAUAACGAGAUCAAGGAGACAUUGUUGGAUAUGAAGAAUAACCCAGUGAGGAAAGAAGUGCCAUUAAUUUACCACGUGGAUGUUGCUUCCAUGUACCCCAACAUUAUGACCUCCAAUCGUUUACAACCAGACUCGAUGAAAACGGAGGAGGAUUGUGCUACAUGUGAUUUCAAUCGACCUGGUAAGAACUGUGAUAGGAGACUUCCUUGGUCAUGGAGGGGUGAAUACUACCCUGCAGAAAUGAAUGAAUACAAUAUGAUGAAACGAACAUUACAGAAUGAAAAGUUUCCCGGUCUAAAGCCGUGGUUACCACCUAGAACGUUUGAUGAACUUUCGUAUGCUGAGCAGGCCUCGGCCAUCAAGAAAAGAGUUAGUGACUACUCAAGGAAAGUGUAUCACAGAGUCAAACAAAGUCAAGUGGUUACUAGAGAGGCAAUUAUUUGUCAGCGAGAAAACCCAUUCUAUGUUGAUACUGUGAGAAGCUUUAGAGAUAGAAGAUACGAGUUUAAAGGUUUGGCCAAAGUUUGGAAGGGCAAAGUAAACAAAAUUGAUCGCAAUGAUAAAGCUGCAAGAGAUGAUGCAAACAAAAUGGUGGUAUUGUAUGACUCCUUGCAAUUGGCUCACAAAGUCAUUUUGAAUUCAUUUUAUGGGUAUGUCAUGAGAAAAGGUUCGAGGUGGUACUCCAUGGAAAUGGCUGGUGUCACUUGUUUAACUGGUGCCACAAUCAUUCAAAUGGCCAGGGCGUUGGUUGAACGUAUUGGACGACCAUUGGAAUUGGAUACUGAUGGUAUUUGGUGUAUUUUGCCCAAAAGCUUCCCCGAAAACUUUAAUUUGAAAUGUAAAGAUGGGAAAAAGAUCUUUUUGGAGUAUCCUUGUUCAAUGUUGAACUACUUGGUUCAUGAAAGGUUCACUAAUGAUCAGUAUCAGGAUUUAGUUGAUCCGGAAACGUUCAAAUACAAGACCAGAUCGGAUAACUCCAUUUUCUUUGAAGUGGAUGGGCCUUACAAAGCCAUGAUCUUGCCAACUUCGAAAGAAGAAGGUAAAGGGUUAAAGAAAAGAUAUGCCGUGUUUAAUGAUGAUGGCUCGUUAGCAGAGUUAAAGGGGUUUGAAUUGAAGAGAAGAGGUGAGCUUCAAUUGAUCAAGAAUUUCCAAUCAGAUAUAUUCAAAUUGUUUUUGGAAGGUGACAGCUUGGAAUCUUGUUAUCAGGCAGUGGCUACUGUGGCCAAUAAUUGGCUCGAUGUAUUGGACACAAAAGGUGGCAUGUUGGAAGAUGAAGAUCUCAUUGAACUUAUUUGUGAAAAUCGAAGUAUGUCCAAAAGUUUGGCGGAAUAUGGGGAUCAAAAAUCAACAUCAAUCACAACAGCAAGACGAUUGGGUGAAUUCUUGGGAGAAGAUAUGGUCAAGGAUGCUGGUUUGGCAACAAAGUACAUUAUCAGUGCCAAGCCGAUUGGUGCUCCAGUUACUGAGAGAGCAAUCCCAGUUUCAAUUUUUUCGUCAGAGAAGAAGGAGAUAUUCAUGAAGAAAUGGCUCAAAGAUCCAUCUUUGAACAAGUUUAGUCCCAGGGAUGUAAUUGAUUGGGGUUACUACUAUGAGAGGUUGGCAUCAGUGGUGCAAAAAAUCAUCACCAUCCCAGCUGCUUUGCAAAAUGUGAAAAACCCAGUUCCUAGAGUACCCCACCCUGAUUGGAUGAGGAAACGAGUGGAAAACAGAGAAAGCUCCAAACAACAAAAAUCAAUAGGACAAUUUUUCAAUGCAGCAACCAAGGAUGACAACAAGGUUCAGGAUAUUGAAGACUUUGGUGAAAUUGAUACGGGAGCAGUCAAGGCUAAAAUGAGCUCAGUCAAAUUGAGGAAAAGAAAAGCUGGAAGGGCCAAUUUGGUUUAUGAUUCUGAAGAGGAGGAGAAAAACCAGGCAAUCUUGAAUGGAACUUGUCCCGACAUGACUAAAGAUUACGUUGGAUUCUUGCUAUUUCAAAAAGCCAAAUGGGCAAUGCAAGCUUCAAGUAGGGAAAGAAGACGCAAACUUUUCGGCUCUCAAGCGCAAAGUGCUCAAAGAUCAACUGUUGGUGGCAUGAUGAGAAAGCAAGCAGAAAAUAUUGCUGGAAGCAAUUGGGAAAUACUUGAAUACAAGCCAGAUCCGAUGAAACCAGGAGAUUUGAAAGUUUAUGUUUCAGCUGGAGAAAAGAUUCAUACUUUUAAUUUCCACGUACCAAAAAGGGUUUAUGCUUCCUUCAAAAGUCCACUCACUGCAAAGCAAUCCAUUGUUGGAUGUGAAAUUGAAAAAUCAAAUGCCAUUUUACCCAAUUCGCAUGACGCCACGAAUUUGUACAAAUUUACCAUGCCCCAAUCAAUUUAUCAAGACCAAAUUGCUGAUGUUGAUAGCGUGUUUCAAAGCUCAAAUAUAUUAGGUAUCUAUGAAGCCAAUGUCGAACCAAUUGAGCGGGCGGUAAUUGAGUUGGGAAACACCGUCAAGUUUGAUGACACCAAAGUUGGAGCUCUUGGUAAAGGAUUAAAAAACGGCUUCAACACUAAGGAGUUGUUGAAAGUUGAAAAUGAUGCCUAUUUGAAUAAAUUUGAUAUGGAUGUGGUUUACCUUCUUCAUAUUGUCACCAAUAGUUAUGAAUACUAUACCAUUUUCAAAUCUUGGGAUAAUCAAUGUGCAAUGUUUGUUUUGAAACCCACUGCGAAUGCCCAAGAAUUACCAAACAAUAUUUCAAAAAUCUAUGGUGAGGUAUUUGAGAAUAAACGGGAGAAAUUAAAGAAAAUGUCACGUGUUAUUGACUAUCCAGAUGAGAUGGCAUUUGAUGUACUGUAUUUUCAUGAUAAAUUGAAGUUGUUGAAGAAAGUGAAUCAAGCAAUUGGAAAGAUUCACGAAAGUCGAAGCAAUAAGGCGUUGUUGGCUAUCCAAUCACCGUACAUUUCCAAGAUUGUACCCCUUUUAACCUCUGUUGCUGAAUUCCCCACUAUUAAAAUGGCCAUUAGUGAACUCACACUUCCAGCAAUUGGAUGGCAAGUUUUGAUUUCCAAACGAGUAAUGAAUCACUACUUUGCAUUGGCUUCGUGGAUCAAGAAUUUGAUUGCAUUGUCGAAAUAUGGGCGAGUACCACUUUGUAAUUUACAAAUUGAAAAUGUUGGUUACUUGAUUGAUGUGGAAUACGCAAGAAGAUUGACUGAAAACAAUAUUGUGCUUUGGUGGUCACCAAAUCCUUUACCUGAUCAUGGUGGGUUUGAAAUGGAUCGUGUACUCAACUUGGAAUCGUUGGAGUUCCCCACAAUCAAUAAUUCUGAGGUUUACGAAACCACUUGUUUGGAAGUUGAGAUUGGAACAUUAACAAUCAAUACAAUUUUGACCAGUUCUUUGAUUAAUGAAGCUGAAGGUACCGAUUUGGCUGAAGAUGGGGUCCAAUUUGAUAAUAAUCAUGGAGCUUCAACGUUUGCAGAAGACUCAUUUUCUUCGCCAGCACUCUCAUUAUUGAGAAGUAUGGUCAAAGAUUGGUGGGAUGAUGCACUUGGAAAUAACGUCAAUGCUGAUUUUGUCAUGAGUGCAUUAAUCACUUGGGUUCAAAAGAAGGAUUCAUUCUUGUACGAUCCUUCAUUACAUUACCAUGUGCACAAUUUGAGUUCGAAAGCAUUAUUGCAGUUGGUUAGCGAGUUCAAGCGAAUGGGGGCACAGGUUAUUUUUGCCAAUAGAACGAAAAUGUUGAUUCAAACUUCAAAAGUGUCUGUGGAGAAUUCAUUCGCUUAUGGACAAUAUAUUUUGAAAGCAGCUAGAUCUAAACCGCUUUUCAAUUUUCUUGACUUGAAGAUUGUCAAGUACUGGGAUAUUUUGAUUUGGAUGGAUGAGUUUAAUUAUGGAGGAAGAGGUUGUAUUGAAAUCACUCGUGAAGAAAGACAAGAGCUAGUAGUGGAGAACAAUUGGCAAAUUAAAAAGUUUCUCCCCAUUGUUUUCCAGAAUGAAUUUGAAGAUUGGAUCUUUAUCUUUUUGGAUGCAUUGUCUCAAUAUAAGGCCAAGAAUUUGACUGGUGCUGGUGCUGGUGCUGGUGCUGGUGCUGGUGCUGGCGGUGCUACACAAUUUGGUACCCCUAGAGUGACCCAGAUUUUCCAUAUUUUGAAUGGACAAAAGAAGUUGCAAACUCAAGAAAUACAAGAAGUUGAUAAUCUCGAUAAUGGGGUUAUUGAGAUUUUCAGAAAACCAUUGCAAAAGAGAAUUGAGAAAUUGUAUCGCAAACAAAUUGAUUCUAUAAUCAAUCCUGAGUUCAAAAAGGAGUAUGAGUUCCCCAAUUUACCUGGAUCAUAUUUAAAGAUGAGAAAUCCAGCUUUGGAAUUAGUCAAGUUUAUUUGUGCUGUUUUCAGUUUAUCUAAAAAUAGGAAUAUCGAAGUACGAUUAUUGAAAAAGGAAUUAUUGCAAAUAUUUGAUGUUAAGGAAUUCAGUUCUCAAGCAAAUUUCAUCAAUCCCAGUACAUCAUUGAGGCUACCUCAUGUCAUAUGUGAUUAUUGUAAUCAUAUUAGGGAUGUUGAUUUAUGUCGUGAUGAAGAGAUUAAUGUUUGGAAUUGUACUGCUUGUCAUCGACCAUAUAACAAGAUUGCGUUGGAGGAAGAAACCAUUGCAAGGUUGAUGAAGAUACUUACUGAUUUUUACAGUCAAGAUUUACAAUGUGAUAAAUGUGGUUCUAUAAGACAAGGGAAUUUGGAUUUAUUUUGUACGUGUUCUGGUAAUUGGGUUGAAACUGUGAAUCAUGCUGAAGUUGAUAAGUGGGUGCAAGUGUUUGCCAAUGUUGGCAAGUAUUACAAUAUGCAGCUUUUGAAUGGUGUGUUGGAGGAGAUGAUAUAA